AGGCUUAGUGCGCUCUUCAGGGGGGUAGCUGCUCGACGAGUUACUACGAAGUAAUGUAGUACAUAAAGGUUUCUCAUUAUAGUUUUUCAACGUAAACAUCUGUGUCUUCAUAUCCACACAAUCAACUACAUAAAUUCAUUUUCAAACACAAGGGAAAGAAAUGGCUCGUUCUAAGCAAAGUUCUAAGCGUGGGUCUCGCGAUGAGACCUCGUACCGCGAAAUGCUGGGUGCUGUCGAUGCUUCAGCGCAUCCGAUUAAGACAGUGUUUGCGCCUCCACCCAUUUCUGGUCCCGACACUGAGUUCGGUGCGCGUCUAGCCCGUCCUCUGGUAGCCAAAAAGAAGCCGGCGCUAGCGAAGCAAAAAAGUGUCGAGAGUAAUGGAAGCGGGAGUAGUGCUGGUGGGGGUGUGGGAAAUAUUAAGAAACUCGAUAGCACUUGGACGACCGGUUCUGAUAUGAAAGAUAGUUCUGGUCUCCUAUAACACUGAAACAGCACCAAAAACAAGUAACACGUGUUCAACUAGAAAAACAAGAAUAAGAGGAGAGCUAAAAACAAAGCAUCAAAAAGCUUGAUCCGAUCAUAAUUCAUGAGCGCUAUCCACACUCUGUCGUCCCCGUGCUAGAGGAGGAUAAAGAUAAAUAUGAAAAUCCCUCUAAUUUUUCCAAGCAACCCAACACUGGAGACGAUCGCGAAACUGGUUGUUCUCAGAAUGGUGAGGAAAAUGUUGUGAAGACUUUUCCGAUGCCUCGCAUUCGCACAGCGGAAGAGGAGUAUUAUGCUUACAUGCGAAAGCUACAGGAAAAUGGCUUACAACCAGGAGUAGUUGGAGCAUCUUCUGGCGCAUCGAUGAAUGCGACCAAUACAGCCAAUCCUGCCACUUCUAUGAUGGCGAACAGUAACUACUACAACAAUUACGUAGCUCCACAUCCACAAACACAUUCUGCGACGACGACCACAACGACAAGUGGCACAACAACAACAACAAUGUCGAAUUACUACGUUCCACCUUCAACGAGGAUUGUGAGUUCUUCGCCAACCAGCAAUGUUGAAACUACUACUGUUAAGGGUUACACCGAAUUGCAUCCUUCACUGCCAUUCUUGACCUAUUCUCCAAUAGGAAAGCGGUCAAGGAUGAUCUGAGAAAUGUAAUUGGGCAACCCCUAAUACAACUGGUUACAACAUGAGCCAAGAAGGAGAUGAUACUAAGGAUUUUUCAGCUCAGAAAUCUUGUGCUACCUUGAAUACUGAGGAAAACGAUGAAACAGACGAGACAUCGAGUGAUGAAGAGGCUUUUGCCUUUGCUCCUACUGAACUCACAUUUCUACCGCGUGACGAGAUUGUACCAGGAGAAGGACAGCAACAUCGCGUGCCUCCACUUGGGAACAAGGACAUGGUCAAUGGUAACAACAAUCAUGCUGCUAAUAAUGAUGCGGAGGCGAAUAUUGAUAAAAAGAGUUACAACAGCACUCAAGAGAAUCCUUCAAUCACUGGCAUUCCAGCGAGGAUGAUGGGAGGUGUGGACUAUGCUGGCAUGCGCAUGCCUAGUCUGGCUUACGACAAUGCUUCUGCUGGCAUUCCAGGGCUUACACAUCCUACAACAGCGGCUAGUGCGGCUGCCUUAGGAUCUAGUGGAGGAGGAGGGUUUGACAACCUUGUGAGUGCUAUUCUGGGACACAAUGCCGCUCCUCGAGGAGAUUCGACUUCUGUUAAGACCGAAACCAGAGAGAUGUUCAAAAAGACAAAUGAAAAACGCGAGGAGAGGCCGCGUGGACCUUUUUUUUCCUAGGGACCGACGCUGUCUGAUGGAGGGACCACUUAAGAUGAAUACAAACAAUUAUCGUUCUCUAAAUCUACAAACGGCAGUCCUGGUGCGAAGAAGACAGUGGAAUCAGUGGAGAGCAAGCCUGCUGUAGAAGACCUGAAUCUGCUACGUCCGAAAGCAAAGAAUAAUGGCGAAUGGAAGCCGACCCUACGAUUGAAGAAGAAAACAUGAUAGACGUGCCCAGAACAAGUGACAAAUUGUGCUGGUAAGGGUCGAAUGAAGCAUAUCACUUCCAAGAUUUGAAUGAGGUCACUGUGCGCCUCGUAAUGACAUCAAGACCGACGUGUAAUGGUCUUCAAGAGCAUUCUGUCCCUUUUGACCUCUACAAAUUUUUGUAGCCUUCAUCGUUUAACUCACUCACGUGAAAAAAAAACAUCCUAGCAGUUACGUCAUGCCAUGUUCAUAAUAAGGUACGUACUCAUGCUAUAGUUGUGUAAGUCCUCAUGCCCUCCCACGAUCAUAUUGCUUGUUGCUUGUUGUUGAUAGAUCAAGUUCAAGAUCCCUUUGGCUGUUUUGAAGUAGGAACCUGAGCAAAGCUUUCAGUCUCUAUAUAAUGAAGUCGUCCUGCUCAACAUGCUACACCAUUCAAAUAUGGAUGUCUUACUGGACUCUCCAUCGAAUUGUUUUACUGUAGACUUUUUACGUGAUCUUGUUGAAACUUAUCCUUGAAACGACUCUAGCAGCUGCUUGUGAGUGUAGGAGGAAACACUGCGAGAAGGUGUUUCUCUGACUGGGAAGAUUCCUGGAGCGACCCUGUUGUCAGAUUGGCGAGUUUCGCUAACAAAACCGCUUCGUAAAAAUGGAAGAAAAAUCGGCAAGACCAAGAAGACAAGCAGGGUGAUGAUUUCACCAAGGGAGGUGGUCCCAAAAGAUGGGACUUAGAGUUUUGGUGACUAUAUCACUUGAUAUUAAAGAUAGGGCCGAUGUAACCGUGCAAAAAGAAAACGUAGCGAAG